GACAGAGGAGCAGAUUUGGAGGUGUGGAGAGGUGGCAGGGCCUGGGCGUGUGACUCUAGGAAUGUAGACACGGCAGGUGAUGGUGACAUGGCCGUUCCACAGGCUUUCCCCCCAGGGCCCCUCCCCGCGCCCGCAGGGGCCCAGAGGGAGCUGCCGCCCGUGUCCUGCCCUCAGAGUGUGGCUGAAGGCUUCCUGGAGGAGGAGCUCCGGCUGAACGCUGCGCUGAGCCAGUUGCAGUUCUCGGAGCCCGUGGGCCACAUCUACAAUCCCGUGGAGUACGCCUGGGAGCCGCACCGCAGCUACGUCACCCGCUACUGCCAAGGCCCCAAGGAAGUUCUCUUCCUCGGCAUGAACCCAGGGCCCUAUGGCAUGGCCCAGACCGGGGUGCCCUUCGGGGAAGUGAAUGUCGUCCGGGACUGGCUGGGCGUUGGGGGCUCGGUGCGGACCCCUCCCCAGGAGCACCCGAAGCGCCCCGUGCGGGGCCUGGAGUGUCCGCAGUCCGAGGUGAGCGGGGCCCGCUUCUGGGGCUUCUUCCGGAGCCUCUGUGGCCGGCCCGAGGUCUUCUUCCGCCACUGCUUCGUCCACAACCUGUGUCCCCUGCUCUUCCUGGCCGCCAGCGGCCGCAACCUCACGCCGGCCGACCUGCCGGCCAAGCAGCGCGAGCAGCUCCUGGGGGUCUGCGACGCGGCGCUCUGCCGCCAGGUGCGGCUGCUGGGCGUGCGGCUGGUGGUGGGCGUGGGCCGGCUGGCCGAGCAGCGGGCGCGCCGGGCGCUGGCCGAGCUCAGGCCCGAGGUCCAGGUGGAGGGGCUCCUGCACCCCUCGCCGCGGAGCCCCCAGGCCAACAGGGGCUGGGAGGCGGCCGCCAAGGACAGACUGAGCGAGCUGGGCCUGCUGCCGCUGCUGACGGAGUGAGUGGCCCCUGGGUGAUGUCGCCCCGCCCCCCAGGCCUUCCGGGCACGAGGACCCACCCGCGCGCCCUCGGGCUGGCUCCCUGG